CCCCGGCGAGGCCGAGUCCCAGUCCGCCAUGCAGGCGCCGCCGCCGCCCUACGAGUUCUUCAGCGACGACAACGCGCCCAAGUGGCGGGGGCUGCUGGUGCCCGCGCUCAAGAAGGUCCAGGGGCAAGUCCACCCGACCCUCGAGUCUAGUGACGAUGCUCUUCAGUAUGUCGAGGAACUCAUCUUGCAGCUCCUGAACAUGCUGUGUCAGACGCAGCCCCGGAGCGCUUCUGACGUGGAGGAACGUGUUCAGAAAAGUUUCCCUCAUCCAAUUGAUAAGUGGGCAAUAGCAGAUGCCCAGUCAGCCAUCGACAAGAGGAAGCGAAGAAACUCUUUGUCUCUCCCAGUAGAAAAAAUUCAUUCUUUGUUAAUAAAGGAGGUCCUAGGUUAUAAAAUUGACAACCAGUUUUCUAAUUAUAUAGUAGCAGUAUUAGAAUACAUUUCUGCAGACAUUUUAAAGCUGGUGGGGAAUUAUGUGCGGAAUAUACGGCAUUAUGAAAUCACAAAGCAAGAUAUUAAAGUGGCAAUGUGUGCAGACAAGGUGCUGAUGGACAUGUUUCACCAAGAUGUAGAAGAUAUAAAUAUAUUAUCUUUGACUGAUGAAGAGCCUUCCACCUCAGGAGAGCAGACUUACUAUGAUCUAGUGAAAGCAUUCAUGGCAGAAAUUCGACAGUAUAUAAGGGAACUAAAUUUAAUCAUAAAAGUCUUUAGAGAGCCAUUUGUCUCCAACUCAAAGUUGUUUUCAGCCAAUGAUGUAGAAAACAUCUUCAGUCGUAUAGUAGAUAUACACGAACUCAGUGUUAAGUUGCUUGGCCUCAUUGAAGAUACUGUGGAGAUGACAGAUGAAGGGAGUCCCCACCCAUUAGUUGGGAGCUGCUUCGAAGACUUGGCAGAGGAACUGGCAUUUGAUCCUUAUGAAUCAUAUGCUCGAGAUAUUUUACGACCCGGUUUCCACGAUCAUUUCCUUAGCCAGUUGUCGAAGCCUGGGGCAGCACUCUAUCUGCAGUCAAUAGGUGAAGGUUUCAAAGAAGCUGUUCAGUAUGUUCUGCCCAGGCUCCUUCUCGCCCCAGUUUAUCACUGUCUACACUACUUUGAACUUUUGAAGCAGCUCGAAGAAAAAAGUGAGGAUGAGGAAGACAAGGAAUGCUUGAAACAAGCAAUAACAGCGCUGCUGAAUGUUCAGAGCGGAAUGGAGAAGAUCUGCUCCAAAAGUCUUGCAAAACGAAGACUGAGUGAAUCUGCAUGUCGGUUUUAUAGCCAGCAAAUGAAGGGGAAGCAGCUUGCCAUCAGGAAGAUGAACGAGAUCCAGAAGAACAUCGACGGCUGGGAGGGCAAGGACAUUGGGCAGUGCUGCAACGAGUUCAUCAUGGAAGGCACCCUCAGCCGCGUUGGAGCCAAGCACGAGAGACACAUCUUCCUCUUCGACGGCCUCAUGAUCUGCUGCAAGUCCAACCACGGGCAGCCCAGGCUCCCCGGAGCCAGCAGCGCCGAGUACCGGCUGAAGGAGAAGUUUUUCAUGAGGAAGAUCCAGAUCAACGACAAGGACGACACUGUGGAGUACAAGCACGCCUUUGAGAUCAUCCUCAAAGACGGGAACAGCGUGAUCUUCUCGGCCAAGUCCGCCGAGGAGAAGAACAACUGGAUGGCGGCGCUGAUCUCCCUGCAGUACCGGAGCACACUGGAGCGCAUGCUGGACGUUACCAUGCUGCAGGAGGAGAAGGAGGAGCACCUGAGGCUCCCCAGUGCCGACGUGUACAGAUUCGCGGAGCCGGACUCAGAGGAGAACAUCCUCUUUGAGGACAAUGUGCAGCUUAAAGCUGGGAUCCCCAUCAUCAAGGCAGGGACUGUCAUCAAGCUCAUUGAGAGACUCACGUACCACAUGUACGCAGAUCCCAAUUUUGUUCGGACAUUUCUUACAACAUACAGAUCAUUUUGUAAACCUCAAGAACUACUGAGUCUUAUCAUAGAAAGGUUUGAGAUUCCUGAGCCGGAGCCAACAGAAGCCGAUCGCAUAGCAAUAGAAAACGGAGACCAGCCCUUGAGUGCAGAGCUGAAGAGGUUCCGGAAGGAGUACGUCCAGCCCGUGCAGCUGCGAGUCCUGAACGUGUGUCGGCACUGGGUGGAGCAUCACUUCUAUGAUUUUGAGAGAGAUGCAGAUCUUUUGCAGCGAAUGGAAGAAUUUAUCGGAACUGUUCGAGGUAAAGCAAUGAAAAAAUGGGUUGAAUCCAUCACUAAAAUAAUCCAAAGGAAAAAAAUUGCAAGAGACAAUGGACCAGGUCAUAAUAUUACCUUUCAGAGCUCACCUCCCCCCGUGGAAUGGCACCUCAGCAAGCCUGGGCAAGUCGAGAACUUUGACCUGCUCACCCUACACCCGAUAGAAAUCGCUCGUCAGCUCACUCUCCUGGAGUCAGACCUCUAUCGAGCUGUACAGCCAUCAGAAUUGGUUGGAAGUGUGUGGACCAAAGAAGACAAAGAAAUCCACUCUCCUAAUCUUCUGAAAAUGAUCCGCCAUACGACCAACCUCACGCUGUGGUUUGAGAAGUGCAUUGUCGAAACAGAAAACUUAGAAGAAAGGGUGGCGGUCGUGAGCAGGAUAAUCGAGAUUCUGCAAGUCUUUCAAGAGCUGAACAACUUCAAUGGGGUGCUGGAGGUCGUCAGUGCCAUGAACUCCUCGCCUGUUUACAGACUAGACCACACAUUCGAGCAAAUACCAAGUCGCCAAAAGAAAAUUUUAGAAGAAGCUCAUGAAUUAAGUGAAGACCACUAUAAGAAAUAUUUGGCAAAACUCAGGUCUAUUAAUCCACCGUGUGUGCCUUUCUUUGGAAUUUAUCUAACUAAUAUCUUGAAAACAGAAGAAGGCAACCCUGAGGUCCUCAAAAGGCAUGGAAAAGAGCUUAUAAAUUUUAGCAAAAGGAGAAAAGUAGCAGAAAUAACAGGAGAGAUCCAACAGUACCAAAAUCAGCCUUACUGUUUACGAGUAGAAUCAGAUAUGAAAAGGUUCUUUGAAAACUUGAAUCCAAUGGGAUACAGCAUGGAAAAAGAAUUUACAGAUUAUCUUUUCAACAAGUCCCUAGAAAUAGAACCACGAAACUUUAAGCCUCCUCCAAGAUUUCCAAAAAAAUAUACCUAUACCCUAAAAUCUCCUGGUGUUCGUCCAUCAAACCCAAGACCAGGUACCAUGAGACACCCCACACCUCUCCAGCAGGAGCCUCGGAAGAUCAGCUACAGCCGGAUCCCUGAGAAUGAUGCUGAGGGCACUGCAUCAGCACCCAACUCCCCCCGCACCCCGCUGACCCCACCGCCAGCUUCAGGCGCUUCCAGCACCACUGACGUCUGCAGCGUGUUUGAUUCCGACCACUCAAGCCCCUUUCACUCAAGCAGUGAUGCCGUCUUUAUCCAAGUGGCUCAGCCCCAUGGCCCAAGGUCUGCGUCAGUGUCAUCUAUCAGUUUCACCAGGGCCACCGAGGAAGGGCCUGUCCCCCCGCCUGUUCCUCCGAGGAGACGGCCAGAGUCGGCGCCGGGGGAAUCGUCGCCAUCUAAGAUCCUGUCCAAGCACGCAGACAACCCUCCGGCCAUCCCUCCACGGCAGCCCACGUCCAAAGCCUACUCCCCGCGGUACUCCCUGUCCGAGCUCCCGGACAGCCCCAGCCCGCCCCUCGUGCCCCCACGGGAGCCCGUGCGGACCCCCGAUGUCUUCUCCAGCUCGCCCCUACACCUCCAGCCGCCCCCGCUGGGCAAGAAGGGCGACCACGGCAACGCCUUCUUCCCCAACAGCCCGUCCCCGUUCACCCCGCUGCCCCCCCAGACGCCCUCUCCUCUCGGCCCCCGGAGACAGCUGCCCUCGCCCCCGGCGCCUCAGGAAGCCGACCCACCCCCCACGGCCGGGCCUCCCGUGCCGCCGCGCCAGAGCACUUCGCAGCUCAUUCCCAAACUCCCUCCGAAGACCUACAAGCGAGAGCACCCACACCCGCCGGUGCACCGGGACGGGCCGCCGCUGCUGGAGAACGCGCCUUCCUCCUGAGCCCGGCCCGGGCCAUUGCUGGCAAUGAUGCCCGGAGCGCCAGCACCGAGGUACCGAGCACCCCAACACUAACUCCAUCCAGGAAGGAGACCGAGCCCAAGCCGAGCCCUCCAGCGUCUGUGACGAGGAGUCGGAAUAACGUGU